AUGAUUGGACCAUAUUUAUUGGAAAUGAUGUUAGAGGUUAAAAAGGCAUUUAUUAGCUUUCUCAGAAUGAACAAUGAUUCAAGUCCUUCUGAUCCUUUCAAAACAACAUGUUCACAUGGAAAUGUUCAUGUAAACGGACAAUAUCCUAGUCAGUUGCCUAACAAUAGUGUUAUUCAUACAGAAGACAACAAUAAAAACAAUGAACAUGGUCCUCGUCUUAGUUUCAAGCGGUUAACCUUAUCUGAUUCACUUGACCUAACUGGAAAUCGCAUCCAGUCGCAUUUGUAUUCCAAGCUUGAUCCAGAGGCGAUCGAACUUGACCUAAUGUGUGCUGAUAAAAUUUACUCUGCAAAAGAAACUUCAAGUAGUGGUCAUUUAUUUUGUCCCGUCCCACUUGAUGGUGAUACCUUUUGUGAUCAUUGCAACCAACCUAUUUGGGAAUUUGGUUGGCGUCCAGUAUGCUUAAAGUGUGCAAAAUGCCACAUGACCUGUCACUGGCUGUGUAAAACUGAGGUUACAGUUUUGUGUGAUGAAGACUCCAAGACCUCUCAUCAAGUUGCUGAAUCAAAUCUAUUUCCCCCAAUGGUUGUUUCGGGGAACGAUUUAGAACAACAGGUUGACAGCUCAGUCUCUAAGUUAUCAACAAGUCCGGAAAACGAUAGCAUUAAUUAUAUGUCGUCUGAAGGAACUUUAGUUAAGUCUUCCCAACUGGAUUUCCAUGUAAAUAAUCACCUAACUUCUGAAUCUGAUAUACCGUUAUUUGAUACUGUUUCUCCAAACGAAUUAAAUGGAGUGAAUAGUCCUGUUGACAAAACGACUGAUCACCUUGCGUUCGAAAGAGUUACUUUACAAUCAAUCUCUCCUAGUUCGAGUCAGUACACUUUCAUGACUACAAACUUUAACACACCGUUAAACGUACCUGCUAAACUGGAUAAUGGAAUAUCAAUAAAGCAGAAAGCUGAAUGUUUAUCUCAAUCAACAUUGUCAAGGCGUGCUACUGAGUUUUAUAAAUCGAAAACAUCAGUUGAUGUAAAGUUAGUCAGUAGGCAUUCCUUUCUAUGCGGAAAUAAACCAAACGUUUGCCUAGCUUAUGAUUUUUCAAGCUUAGAUAAGGAGGCAAUUCGAGAUCGAGGAAUUCUUGUGAGACAACUAAGCCCAUCUCUUACUGAAUUACAAAACACUUCUAAACCACUUCAGAACACAAAUAUUAUCUUAGAUACCCCGAACUCCAAUCCUUUUACACAUUCAGAUGAAAGUUCGUUUCCAGAAAAAGAAGUUUCGGAUAUUGGCCUUGCCAGUGUGAUGCAAACAACUCAGGAAUUUGUUCGCACCAAACAAAAACGAAGCUUUCAGACUCAUUUACGUUCUUCAAAUGCGCUUCCAUUAAUCCCUAUGGUAGUUGGACCGCGAGCAAUAUUACCUUGGUCCUCUGAUCGUUUGAAACAGUUAAUUCAGAUCUUUAGUGUAAAUGAAUUCGGAUUACAAGCUGCUAGUCUAACUGGUGCUGAUUCAUGUGAUUGCGAAGGUCAAGUUCGUGUACAUAUAAACUUACUCCGCCCUAUUCAAAUGUUACUUACAGCUAGACCAGCUUCCAUUUUCGACGUAGUUGGUGCAAAAAGUGAUGAAACAGAUGACGAUGAUAAUGAAGAUGAUGAUGGGGAAGAUGUUAGUGAUCGAUCUGAAGAUGAUCAGAAUCUUUGGUUAGUCCAAAGUGACAACAAUAAUAACUGCAAUCUUGUUUCAAAACAACACCCUUCUAAUACACCACAUUCCUUUGUAUCAUCCAACAUUCCAUAUUUUUCACCAAAUAAUAAAGUUCAUAAAGCUGAUGGAAAUAUUGUUGAGUCACAUCGUCGGUUAGGUAGAACAGCUUCAACAGUAUCUACUUUUCGGUUACCAAGAGGAAGCACAAAGUUGUUGCAUGUUCGACUAUCGACAACUGCACAAAUGGUUAUCUGUGCACUACUUGAUCGAUUCGGUAUACGAGAUAAUCCUCAAAAAUUUGCUUUAUAUGAACACACAAUUGAAGGUGAUCAGAAAGUUUCUGUACGAAAAUUAUUUGACAAUGAAUCACCGUUGGGAUUACUAUUCAAGUGGGUUGAUCAAGAUCCCAAUAAUUUUAACAACAUUCUGAGUGUGAAGCGAUUAGUAUUACAAGAGAAUGAAACUGGUGAUAUUGAAUGGACCACAUUUAGUUUAUCGGAAUUGCAUACAUUUUUGGGGAUAUUGAAUCGUGAAGAAAGUGAUUAUCGUAGACGUAUUGAAAUGAAAUAUGAAAUACGCAGGAAAGAAAUAAAACGUUUAAUGGAACUACAUAAUAAUAAAUUUAAAUCUUUAGACAAGUCAUUCAAUUGUCAAUUUAAUUCUGUUCCUUCGAAUGUAACCACUGUAAUUGCUGAACGAUAUGAAAAUGAAGCGAUAACUAAACAAUCAUGCGAUGAAAAUUCGGAAUUUAAUGCCUAUUCUUGUAUGGAUUCAUUGUCUGCACCGGUUUCGCCAACAUUAUUUCGUAAAUCGAACAAACAGAUAAAUUUAAACGAUGAAAAGUCAACUUUACCAGGAGUUUCAAACUCACCAGAUUCUUGUUCAUCUUCAGAGGCAACACUCAAUCGUAAUACAAUUAAACACAGUCAACUUUCUGAUGCUGUAUCCACAUUACCUCGUUUACCAUCAAAUAAAAUCUCUGAAAUAUCAAAUACUUCUAAUAAAAUUCCUUCUAUAUUCAAAUCAUUUUCUAAUUUUAAAGCUAAAAAAGCUGAACUUGCCCAACAAAAAAGAUUAGCUAAAAUGGAAAAAGCUCGUAUUAAAGCAGAACAACGACAACAACAGCGUAAAGAAAAAAUUAAAAAUCAUCCACUUUCUUCAUGGAAAUGGCGUGGAUUCGGCACACUUUCGCCGUCUAGUUCUUCAUCAAUGUCUCCUACUGGAUUGUCACCAUCAUCACAUCAAUAAUGAUAUAUCAACUGCACUGCAUUGUAAUGAUCAUAUUCUUAUUUAUUUUUGUCAAGAAAUAAGCAGAUUAAUUGAUUGCAUACUAUUUUCUGUUUUCUAUAUCCUCUCUACAUCAUUCAAUAGUGUCUUCCAGUUCAAUUGUGUAAAUAUUUACUUGUUUUUUUAAUUUUUUUUCAGGCACGUUUUGCUUAUUGCAUCAGACUUUCAUAUGCUUCCUUCACUUUUUCCCUUGCUCAUUUUUUUUCUCUCUGUCUAUUUUGAACUAUCC